AUGCCCGACACCAUUCUUGAUGACAUCUCCCACCGGAGGUACAACCCACUAACAGACAGCUGGCUGCUCGUCUCCCCUCACCGGACAAAGCGACCGUGGCAGGGCCAGCAAGAGGGUGCGGCGGUGACGACACUGCCCGAAUUUGACCCCACGUGUUAUCUCUGUCCUGGCAAUGCUCGCGCUGCUGGCGACAAGAACCCCAACUAUGAGAAAACAUUUGCGUUUGUGAAUGACUACAGCGCUGUCAAAGAGCAGCAGCCCGACUAUGAGGUGGACCAGUCGCCAGAUGACUUGGAGUCCCUUUUGCUGCGUGCUCAAGGAGUCAAAGGAGUGUGCUAUGUCCUGACAUUCUCACCAAAGCACAAUGUCACUCUCGCUGAUAUGCCAGCCCAAGACAUCCUCCCGACAAUUGAUCACUGGACCCGACUCUACGCCAACCAUCUAUCUCCAUCAAACCCACUCUCAACAGUGGCGGCACAGCUCCAGCUUUCCAUUUCCAAGGAAGAAGCCCCUAUUCCCAAGGAUAACUACCGCUACAUGCAAAUCUUUGAGAACAAGGGCGCCGCCAUGGGUUGCUCCAACCCGCACCCUCACUGCCAGGCCUGGACAACGUCUACUAUGCCCGAGGAGCCAGGCAAAGAGCUGACGCAAAUGACCAAAUACCGUCAGCAGCAUGGGCGACAUCUACUCGCAGACUACAUCAAGCUAGAGUUGGCAAAGGAGGAGCGCGUGGUAUGGCAAAACGCCUCCUUCGUCGUUGUGUGCCCGUGGUGGGCUGUCUGGCCAUUCGAAGUCCUCAUUCUCCCCAAGCGCCAUAUCCGUGCUCUCGUUGACUUCACAGCCGAUGAGCGGCUGCAGCUUGCAGAGGCCAUCCAGGAGGUCACUCGGAGGUACGACAACCUGUUUGAGUGCCACUUCCCGUACAGCUCUGGCAUCCACCAGGCUCCGUUGGAUGGCACACCAGAGGAAAUUGAGAAUGCCUAUUUCCACAUGCAUUUUUACCCUCCGCUGCUGCGAUCCGCGACGGUCAAGAAGUUCCUCGUUGGAUUCGAGCUCAUGGCGGAGCCGCAGCGAGACAUUACCCCAGAACAAGCAACGACUCGCCUCCGAGCAUGCGAUGGGGAGCUGUACAGGAAUAAACUGAGCUAG